AUUGAAUUGUUUGAUAGACUUUUUUACCUAAAUAAAAAUUCUUGUAAUGACGUCCUGAAUUACAUUUUGACCUUGGUUUAGUAAAUACUCCUGUCGAUCAUGAAAUUACGUUAAAAUCAACGAUAAAGAAGUCGUAACUUCACGCAAGUAGUUGUAUCAUUCCAGUCAAUGUAGAAUGAAGUGAGGUAACCAGACAAAAAGUACUGUAAAUGCUCUUACCUGACAAGAAAAACAAUCCCACAGGAGAUAAAUAAUAAUUUCACAGGCAAUAGCAGAAAAAACUUUAUAAAUCCUUACUAAGAUGACAGAGAAAGAAAACAAAUUGGCCAGAUGGUACUUCGGAGGUUUGGCUUCAGCAGGAGCAGCUUGCUGUACUCAUCCUCUAGAUCUUAUAAAAGUGCAUUUACAAACACAACAAGAGGGCAAACUUUCCAUAGUUGGUCUGACGAUAAAUAUCGUCAAAAAACAAGGUAUUGCGGCCUUGUAUAACGGAAUAUCUGCCUCACUUCUUCGACAAUUGACUUACUCCACUACAAGAUUCGGAAUAUAUGAAGUAGCCAAACAAAAUACUGAAAGCGAUACUUUUGCUGCAAAAGUUGCUAUCGCAGCAAUUGCAGGUGGUUGUGGCGGUGUAGUUGGUACUCCUGGUGAUAUGGUAAACGUCAGGAUGCAAAAUGACAUCAAAUUACCUCCAGAAAAGAGAAGAAACUAUAAACAUGCUAUUGAUGGACUAAUACGGGUAUACAGGGAAGAAGGAGCCAGAAAACUAUUUUCUGGCUGUUCCAUGGCCACAUCUAGAGCAGUAUUUAUGACGAUAGGUCAACUGUCAUUUUAUGAUCAAAUCAAAAAGACAUUGUUGAUGACUCCAUACUUCUCUGACAAUUCGCUGACUCAUUUCUUGUCUAGCCUUAGCGCGGGCGCUAUCGCUACUACUCUAACUCAACCCCUUGACGUCUUAAAAACAAGAUCCAUGAACGCCAAACCUGGUGAAUUCAAAUCUUUAGGCGAUUUAAUACUGUACACUGCCAAAUUGGGACCGGCAGGCUUCUUCAAAGGCUACAUUCCGGCUUUCGUCAGACUAGCACCUCAAACGAUAUUGACGUUUAUGUUUUUAGAACAACUACGUCAAAAUUUCGGGUAUUAUCCGCAAAAAUAGACCAGUUGAUAAGUAGAUAAAAUCAAGUUAUGGUCAUCAAUUCAGAAUUCAAUCGUAAGUAGGCAACACGUAAUACACCUACAGUGUAUUAUGCGUUGCCCCAAAUAUCAAUUCUACUAACUUGAUAGGUAACCCCUAUAUAGCGUACCGUGUUACGGGUUGCCUAUUUUGUUCAUUGGAUUAAAUUUCACAUUUUUAAAUUGAAAUUUACUUAAAAUUUUAUUUUCGUAUUGAAAUUCAUAUGAAAUGAUGUCUAAUAUAUUUUGAAGUAGUAUUUACAGUACUUGAAAUAAUUUCAAUGUACCUGAACAUCAGGUAAAUACUUUUUACUUAGUACCUGUUAAAACUUAUAUUCCGGUGAAGUUGCUUUAAUUUCGUUUAAACCAAACUAAAUCCAAAUUUGUUGACAGCAAAACGUUAGGUUUUCAAAUUUUACCAGUGAUUUUCCAAAUAUAUCCUAACUUCUGUUCAAAAUCGUAUACCAAAAAUAUUUUUAUAAUUAUUUUGCUUAAAAUAUAUACAACAUAAUGUAAAUCCGUGUGUCUUAAAGCUAAGAUAUACAUAACUUUUGAUGGGGGUUAGGAAGACAGCAUUUAGAGUCUAUUAUUAUUAAAUUUGUUUUGUUUAUAGCUUUUAUCUGCAACUGUUCAUUCCAUAAAAGGUAUUAUUUGUGUUGGUUCGGUAUAUUUUAUGUUUGUUUGUUAUAUUGGUGGUCUACACUCACUAGAUCUGGUUCAACAAAAGCAGCAGUACCAAAAAUCGUUAGUCAAACGCUCCUAUAACCUCACAUAACCUCUUUGUUUCCUUAAACUCAAAUUUUGUUACAUUGUUGUAGUGUAAUAAAUGUGUAAGGUUUAUUUAUGAUGAUCUUUUUAGACCAAAUAUGAUCUAAUUAUGAUCAGUUCUUGUGAGUAGAGACCUCUAUACUUCUGUACAGUGUCGUCCAAAGAGAUGAAUAUAUUUAUCGAAGUAAAAUUUAUUACACACUAGUUUACGUCCUGUUGAAAAGUUCCUUCAUGAAUAUUAUUGUAUUGUUGGCAGUCUGUACUUCAAUGUAAUAUUACACAUAGUGUAUAAUGUGUUUUAUAUUGUAUUUAAAUUCGGAAAUUUGGCUAAAUUUGGUUUUUGGACAUAUUAAUGUUAAUACAUGAACAAAAAUCAAAUUAUAUACAUUUGUUAUAAACAUAUUACGAUGUGAUCGCUGCAAUAAGUUCCUUUUGUCAUUAUAUAUUGCAAAAAUUACCCUUAUCUUCAAAAAACUGCUUGUUUCACUGAUGUUAGAGUCUUACUAUUCUCUAACUGUUUCUCCAUAGAUCACUGUGGCUGUUAAAAAUGUUCUAUAUUUACAACCAGUUAAUUAAAUUAGAGCGAGAACAAAUAAGUGGAAGUUUAAAUUUACGUUCUACUUUUUCUCAUCUAGACCAUUGUUAAUUGCUUUUAACAUGCACCAAAAAAGGAAAUUAAAACUGCGCUGCAUUUAAAACUGAAAUUGUCAUCAGUGUAAUUUCUUGAGGUUAUGAAUAAUUAAUAAUGUACUUCAAUGUCAAAAAAUGACGCCAUCGUAAUGUUAUAGUUAGCAAGCUAUACAUACUUACCGCCCUCGACACCGUAAGGUACAAGAGGACGGCUUAAGUAAGUAAGUACAUACUUACCGCUUAACACAUAUUUGUGUUUAUUCAAGUAUAAUUUUACGAAUACUUUACCUGUGGGAAUAUUUUUUAGCUGUUUUGUUUGAAAAUUUUUAUUAUUAACUAUAAAACCCAGUUUUAUUUACAUAAAAUGUCCCAGUCAAAAAAAAAACUAAAACAGCGUUGCAUUUAAAACUGCAAUUGUCAAAACUGUCAUUUUUUGAGGUUAUGAAUUAUUAAUAAUGUAGUUUAACGUCAAAAAAUGACGUCAUAGUAAUAUUAUAGUUAACAAGUUAUUCCUUACCAUUUUUAACACAAAUUUGUGUUUGAUCAAGUAUAUUUUUCCGAAUACUUUACCUGUGGGAACAUUUUUUAGACGUUUUGUCUGAAAAAUUUUAUUAUUACCUAUCUAUAAAACCCAGUUUUAUGUACAUGAAAUGUCCCAGUCAAAAGUGCCAAAUCUGAAACCCCCAAAAAUCAUAACCCCAUAUUUAAGUAAAUGUUGUUAUUGUACUUAUACGCAAAUAAUAUAUAGCAAUAUUGUUGUUGCGUUUAAAAUUUAAUGUUUGAAUUUGUUUUUGCAAAUUUCUUGCAAUAUGUUUUGUUUAAUGUAAAGUUUGUCCGUCGAAAAAUAUUUAGUUUUUGUUUUACUUUUUAAAAUGUAUUUUUUAAUAAAAGACUGUAUAAAUGAUUUAUUUAUUAUACCUUGUACUAAAGGUACUUUAAACAAAUAAAAAACGGUUGUACAAACAGUGCGAAUUUAAUUUUGGACCUAUAAAAGACAAAACUCUGAAUAUCACAUAAAUUUAAGUAGUAGAAAAAUUUCACAUUGUUUGGACAAAGUGUUCAGAUAUAUUAUAAGUUGAGGUUGAAAUUAUAUUUUGGCAAUAAAAACAAACAGUA